UUUCAGCUAUAACAGCAGUUUGUGGGGGAGUUACCGAGAUUUAGACUGCAGUAACAUCACGGCGCAUUCCUGGGCAGUUCUUAGCCGCCAACAUCUUAUUAGAACCAUAUCUGAGGCCGGUUUCUUGACUUGAUCCGUAAUACAGGGAAACGCGUCGACAGUAGGUUACCCUAAAUUGUCAGCCGCUCUGCUGGACUGGAGAGAGUAUUUUGGAGUAUGCCAAGUCUACAUUCAGCUGCCUAGCUUGAUAUCGGUGCCGUUGGGCUAUGUGUCAGUGCUGAGUUUGGCUGUGGAAGGCCAUCCGUGAUCAGUUUCCCCGGUCCUCUUCCUCCUCCUCCUCCCUCCCAGUCCUCCUCUUCGUGGUGGUGCGGCGUAAGUCCUGGCCCCUGGUCGUCAUGUCCGCUGACGUGGAGAGCAGCAGUGCACCGUCCCCAACGGAGCAGCAGCCACCCAUCAAGACGCCCUCCAAGAAGGAGAAGAAGAAAGGUGUAGCCAGUCCAGAGAAGACGGAUGAGUACUUGCUUGCCAGGUUCAAAGGGGAUGGGGUGCGCUACAAGGCCAAGCUGAUUGGUGUCGACGAUGUACCUGAAGCCAGAGGGGACAAAAUGAGUCAGGACUCCAUGAUGAAACUAAAGGGUAAGGCAGCAGCGGCCCGCUCCCAGGGCAAACACAAGCAGCGGGUGUGGGUCAACAUCUCCCUGGCGGGCAUCACCAUCACUGACGAGAAGACCGGGGCGGCUGUGUUGGAGCAUGCGGUCAAUAAGAUCUCCUUCAUCGCGCGGGAUGUGACGGACAACCGGGCCUUUGGAUAUGUGUGCGGUGCCGAGGGCCAGCAUCAGUUCUUUGCCCUUAAAACAGCUCAGCAGGCGGAACCUCUUGUUAUUGACUUAAAGGACCUCUUCCAGCUAAUCUUCAACAUGAAGAAAAAAGAAGCAGAAGGCUCAAAAAAGGAUGAAACAAAUAAGGUAGUGGAGAAUGGCACUGACUCAACUAAUGGCAACCAAGGUGACAAGUUGAAGGGCAUGGAACAACUGGACUUGUUUGGAGACAUGUCAACCCCACCAGAUUUGCAUUCCCCUUCAGAGCCGCAGGACAUCCUGCUGUUGGAUCUGUCCACUGAGAUUGACAGCAACCAAAACUGCGUGAAGGGCAACCCCUUCACGGCAUCCUCCUCUUGCUCUGUCCUCAGGCCCCCGCCCAGCCUCUCGCCUGAGAACCCCUUCUCCUCGCAGCUCAGCUUCUUCCCCACCCCCAGCCCGGACCCCUUCAGCGACGAUCCCUUCUCCCAGAACGGCCAGCGCGCCGUCUCCUUGUCCUCCUCCUCCUCCUCUUCGUCGUCGUGCUCCUCCUCCUCCGCCGCAGCACCGCGCCCCUCCUCGGCCACCUUCUUCAACGGCACCGGCGGCAAGAACGGCGACUCGGACUACCUGGCCCAGCAGUUCGACCAGAUCUCCCACCGCACAGCCGUCCAGACCCCCCUGAGCAACGGGCAGUGGCCGCUGGACAGCAGGGCAGGGACGGAGGCUGGCGCCUGGACCCAGGUGGCGAGCCACCCCAUCCCCGUGCCAGAGCAGAACGGUCACCACGCCAUGGCCGUCCCGAACCCUUUCGUGGAGGCGGCCGACCGGGGGCAGCCCGUGCAGAACGGGGUCAAAGCUGAGCCCGCCGCCGCAGUCGCCAUCAACACCGCUCAAGCCAAGGACUCGGUCAUCAUCAGCCCUCCUCCGUUGAAUGCCAAGGGUGGACGGGGGAGGAGGAGUGUGAAGUCUCCUACAAAUGAAAAAUCUGGUACAGACCCAUUUGCAUCACCCAGUCACACAGAGGUGCCAUCUCCGCCUCAGCCAGAAGUGAUUCCUGCUACCCUCUUCAGCAAGAGUCCAGUGAGCACCUCGGACACUAUGGCUGCUCUUGGAGGGUUGACUCUCGGUCCUCCUCCUCCAGCUCCGGUUCCAAGCUCAGCUCCCUGGAGCCAACCUCUGUCCACCAUCUUCCCACCAGCUGGCCCCGCUGUGCCACAGCUUCUCCCCAACAGCCCCUUCACCCAGCCUGCCACCUUCCCCCCCGCCCCAGCCCCCGCACCCGCCUGGGGGGCUGCUCCAGCAGCCUUCGGCUCGGCCUUCCCCCUUGCAAGCAGCCCUCCAUCCUGGGUCCAGCCCAGCGCCCCCGUCUCCAAUGGGUCUUGGGCCCAGCCUGCCCCGGUGGGGAACCCCUUCCAGUCCUCCGUGUUCCCCAUGCCCUCCUCGGGCUUAGGGGGACUGGGCAGUGGGCCGCCCACCUCCAGCCCCCCGCCCCCUGAGGUACCACCGCGGGCAGCGCCCAAGGUGGACAGCAAAGCCUUCCUGGAUUUGGACCCUCUCGGGGACAAAGUCAACAGAGACGUGCCCGUGAAGGACAUGUUCAAGGACUUCCAGAUGGCCAAGCCUCCUGCCGUUCCUGCUAGGAAGGAGCCGAUGAAAGCCCAGACCAUAGGUCAGGCCCCUUUUGACAAUCCCUUUGGAGCUGGUCUCUUCGGAUCCUCUGCACCCAUAACGAGUGCACCGGCCAUCAAGUCUGGAGGGCCAGACGCCUUUAGAGACCCCUUUGGAAAUCCCUUUGCAUGACCAGCACCUGAACUCCGGUCAACUGAGCCCAAGUACUGUGCUCCCCCCUUUAGAGGCCCCC